ACUCAUAUGUGGCUCCUGCAACCAAUACACAAUACUAUAAAGCUAAUUCACCAAACGAAGACAGUAGAAAAGCUAGAAAGAAAAACGAAUACGACGACUGCAACAACUUGCGCAAAGUUUCGAAUACAUUUUCACCAGAUGAACGACACUUUCCAGAGAUAUAG